CACAAGGUGAAGACCAUAGAGGCCCAGACUGCCAUGGUAUGGCGGGAAGGGUGAUUCUGGGCGCUGAGCAUCCUGAGUUCUGCCUUAUCCAGUGGGUCCAUCCCUGGCUUCCAUCCUGGGAGUCGAAUGGUCUGGAACUAUCUAGGCUUUCUUUGGGGUCUGGAAACCCCCUCCACCCCCUCUUCCAGGGAGAAAUAAAGGACAGCUCCUAGGGGGCGCCAACAGCUCUCUGAACCCCAGAGUGGGGCAGGCAGGGACAGGCCCCUCCCAGAAGAGCCUCACAGCCCUGUUAAGAGGAUGAGGCCUACAUGGCAGGCCCAUCCGGAGACCCUGAACAGGCAGGCCAUGUCCUGGCUCUGCCUCAUCCUCCUGCUUCCCCUGCUGCUGGAGGCCCACAGAUACCAAGUCUGUGGUCGACGCAUAUACUCUGGCCGAAUCAAGGGGGGCAAAGAUUCCAGCGUGACCAGAUGGCCCUGGCAGGCCAGCCUGCUGUAUAAGAACCACCACCUAUGUGGGGGCACCCUCAUCCACCAGUAUUGGGUGCUGACUGCCGCUCAUUGCUUCCUAAAUUUUCAAAAUCCCAGACACUGGAAGGUUCAACUAGGCUCAGAUACUCUCCGAAUACCAAGAUUCAAUAUAAAGCGUCUUUUUCGUUAUUCUGUGACAAAAAUCAUCCUGCAUCCCAACUACUGUGAUAAGCCACCCAAGGACAUCGCCUUGUUACAGCUAAGAUCACCAGCUUUUUUGAAGAUCAACAUCCAGCCCGUCUGCCUCCCAGACUCCACGGAUACCUUUAAGAAUGUGACUAUGUGCUGGAUAACAGGCUGGGGAAAAACAGACAAAGGCAAACCACUGAAGAAACCCUGGAUCUUACAGGAGGCAGAAGUGUUCUUCAUUGACCAAAAGACUUGUGACCAAAAUUACCAAAAGAUAUUGAAUGAUAAAAAAGAUGUUCCUUCAAUUUUUGAUGACAUGUUAUGUGCUGGUUAUUUAGAGGGCAAGAAGGAUGCCUGCCAGGGUGACUCCGGGGGACCUUUAGUAUGUGAAGUCAAUAAAAUCUGGUAUCAAGCAGGGAUUAUAAGCUGGGGAAUAGGUUGUGGCAGUCCCUACUUUCCUGGUGUCUAUACCAAUGUCAGUUUCCACAUUUCCUGGAUCCAGGAGGUGAUAAAGUCUAAAAGUUCUACUCAAGACCCAACUUGUGUCCUUCUUCUCCUGCUCCUUCUCCCUCCUCUGCUACUACUCAAUACUAAUCCCAGCCUUUUCCCUGAGUCCAUCUCUCAUGAGUCCUGUUUAGCAUUUGGCAAAUAUGGUCAUGGCCUGACUUAAGAGCUGGAGUAGGGAUCCCAGCAUGUUCCCUAGGGCUAGGCACCUGGGCAAAGUUCACACUGGCUCCACUGAAAAGAUCCUUAAAGGAUAUUAGAAGAUUUCAGUCCCAUGGCCAAAGAGGCAGAGUUCUAAGUACUGGAAGAGAACCUGGAUGUAAACAGGGAGAUUGUCCUCAUCAGCUCUGUGUGAUCCUCAUCUGUCUAAUGAGGACUGACCGUUUCAAUAAAGGGAUUUUUUCAUGGUAAUAAGAAUGUUUCCACCAAU